UUUGUUUGUAAUACAUAAAUAAACAGAGCGAAACAACACCUUCCUCUCUAAGCACCUCUAAUAACGCGCUUCCGUUCCAACAGCCGAGAGAGCCGCUCCGUGUUUUACGAGCCUCUCCCCGCCGCAGUGGGAGGAAGUCGAACUACAAAGCAGACAGAGCCACUGUGCUAGCAAAAAACACCAAAAGAAAAAAAAAAUAGAGAGGAGGCUUUAAGCCACACAUGUGCCGUACUAGAGGCGACGAACACCUUAAUUGAAACAAGCGGACUUGACCGACUGGCACUCAGUCAGAGGCUGCGGAAGGAGACUCGUUCAGAGGCUUGGAGCGUUUAAGCAGCCGAGUGGCUCUGCGAACGCCGAGAACCUGGUAGGCAGGAGGCGCGCGGGGCUGCCGCGGAGCAAGAAGACCUGAUCUGAACGUUCAGUUUCACAUCUCUGAGGCGCGCGCCAGCGUACUGUUAACCUCAUCACUAUAAAUAUUGUUUCUGUUGUUUUUUUCUUAACAUUGCACGGACUAAAGAAUUUGACAGUUUGCCUCGCCGCGCAGUCGGUCAGCCAGCGUUUACAGCGAGGAAGAAAAGUUAGCGUUUACCAAGCAGACUACUGGCCAGCGCUCCCUACCCCUCCUCCAUCAUCAGCGUCACCCUCACCCCCACACUCAGUAACUCUGUGCUGGGUCUUUAGGCAGGGAGGGUCCCCCUAACGUUCGGGGUAACCGAAGAAGCAGCUAUGGGUUAUUGUUUUGCAUCUCUAUCCUCGUUCUGACUUCACCGGACUGUCGAAGACUGUUUAGCGGAAACGCUGCAAGACUUCCCCAAUACGAGUCUCCAGUGUCCUCGCCUCGGCCGUUAGCUUAACGUUGCUGAAAAAAUCGCUGCUGUUUGUCUGCCUGCAAGUGACUGUCUUUGCAACGGGAUUGAUUUUAUAUGUCUGCUGAAGCGGAAUAGCCUAAAAUAGGAGUGUCUGACUGGCCGCUCUGAAUCCUGGUGGUUAGUUAGCCUCGUGGCUAGCAGGUUUCAUUUUGCUAGCUAGCGUGGUAGCUAACCAGCGAACGAACCCAAAUAUCUAUAGUGGCAGCGGCUAGAAACCAGUUAGCUAUGUACCGCUGGAUUUGGUUUGUGAUCGCUUGAUUCAAUUCCUUUACACCUGGACAGAAUUUGGCGACAAACCUCUGUCAGCAGUUUAACCGCAUCUUUUCCGGUGACUUUUUUUGUGCGUGAUUGACGAGACGAUAAGGAAGGUUUGAGCCUUAACGCUGCACAGGAAAGCAGCAACAGGGGCACAAACAGCAGCGCUGUGUGGAUACUCUGGAAUGCAAAUCAUGAAUCCUGGCUUAUCUCUAACCUCGGCUUGCACGCUUUUAUUUAUGCCAGGUCGCGCCUGACAGAUUAGCGUUUUGCUGCAGGAGCACAAGACUACAAACGGGCACCUUGAUGAUCCACAUCUAACCCGUUCAGCAGUGUCUCACCAGCCCCUCUGCACUGAUCGUUAAGCCUGUCUUCUCACGGCGUGGCUGAUUUUGUGUUGCAGAGAGGAGCAGGCAGUCCGCUAAGAUUAGAACAUUUUUUCGACAGUAGUGUUUACAUUUUAAGGAACACCCCCCUGCCCCCUCCUUCCCUCAUUCCCUUCUUCCUGAAGCACAUGCCGCACUGGAGACAGACCAGUCGUUUGGACACAGGAGGACCAGGCAAGUCCCCGGAGACCUGUAGAGCCUGACAGCGCCCGUGUGUGGUGCAUCGCACCUACCUGUGUGAGAAACAUCACAGGUCCUUACUCUCGCCCCUUGCGCUACAUGGAAUCGCAAGGACGGUGGAUCUAGCGGGCCUGCUUACUGCAGAUAUUUCGACUAACCCCUACCCUAUGUCUUCCCUCGUAAGUUUCCUCUUUUACGUGACAACGAUGGUAGUUUGAACAGACUUGGAGCUGCAGACAACGCCGCCGUUUCCCAGCAGACGGUCAGCGCCGUCGUCCAUUCAUCCGGCCCCCACAGCGCGCCUUGGCCCUUGAUGUGGGUCACAUCUGGCCGAGGACGUUGUUUUUAAGCCCCUAAAUCAGAAGCCACCCUUCCCGGCCCGGUUAUUUAAUCGAUUUGGUCGUCCCAGGGUCGAAAGAUGGCGGACCUUGAAGCGGUGCUCGCUGAUGUCAGUUACUUGAUGGCGAUGGAGAAGAGCAAAUCUACUCCAGCGGCCCGGGCGAGCAAGAAAAUCAUUUUGCCUGAGCCUAGCAUUCGCAGUGUGAUGCAGAAGUACCUGGAGGAGAGAGAUGAACUGACAUUUGACAAAAUUUUCAAUCAGAAAAUUGGCUUCCUGCUCUUCAAGGACUUCUGUAUGAAUGAAAUAGAUGAGGCUGUGCCUCAGCUCAAGUUCUACGAAGAAAUUAAGGACUAUGAGAAGCUGGACUCUGAGGAGGAGCGGUUGAGCCGCAGCCGGCAGAUUUAUGAUGUGUACAUCAUGAAGGAGCUCCUGUCCUGUUCACACCCAUUCUCUAAGAAAGCAGUGGACCAUGUGCAGAGUCACUUGGCGAAGAAACAGGUCCCCCCAAACCUUUUUCAGCCAUACAUCGUGGAGAUCUGUGACAGCUUGAGAGGAAACAUCUUCCAGAAGUUCAUUGAGAGUGAUAAAUUCACUCGUUUUUGCCAGUGGAAGAAUGUGGAGCUCAACAUCCAUCUGACCAUGAAUGACUUCAGCGUGCAUCGGAUCAUCGGCAGGGGCGGCUUUGGAGAGGUGUACGGCUGCAGGAAGGCAGACACGGGAAAAAUGUAUGCCAUGAAGUGUUUGGACAAGAAAAGGAUCAAAAUGAAGCAGGGGGAGACUCUCGCACUCAACGAGAGAAUCAUGCUGUCAUUAGUGAGCACAGGGGACUGCCCGUUCAUUGUGUGUAUGACGUAUGCCUUCCACACGCCUGACAAGCUGUGCUUUAUCCUGGACCUCAUGAACGGGGGUGAUCUGCACUACCACCUGUCUCAGCACGGCGUGUUCAGUGAGAAAGAGAUGCGUUUUUAUGCAGCUGAAAUCAUCCUGGGUCUGGAGCACAUGCACAACCGCUUUGUCGUCUACAGAGACCUCAAGCCAGCUAAUAUCCUGUUGGAUGAACACGGUCAUGUUCGUAUCUCUGACCUCGGCUUGGCCUGCGACUUUUCCAAGAAGAAGCCCCACGCCAGCGUUGGCACUCAUGGCUACAUGGCUCCAGAGGUUCUUCAGAAGGGGACGGCAUACGACAGCAGUGCCGACUGGUUCUCCUUAGGCUGCAUGCUCUUCAAACUCCUCCGAGGGCACAGUCCCUUCAGACAGCACAAGACCAAAGACAAACAUGAGAUCGACCGCAUGACGCUCACCAUGAAUGUGGAGCUGCCAGACUCUUUCACUGCAGAGCUCAAAGAUCUUCUGGAGGGGCUGCUGCAGAGAGAUGUAUCCAAGAGGCUCGGCUGCCAGGGCCGUGGAGCCUCUGAGGUGAAGGAGCAUCAGUUUUUCAAAGGCAUUGACUGGCAGCAAGUUUACCUCCAGAAGUACUCUCCUCCUUUAAUCCCUCCAAGGGGAGAGGUGAAUGCUGCAGAUGCUUUUGACAUUGGAUCUUUUGAUGAAGAGGACACCAAGGGCAUCAAGCUGCUGGACAGUGACCAGGAGCUCUACAAGAACUUUCCUCUGGUCAUCUCAGAGCGCUGGCAGCAGGAGGUGGCAGAGACAGUCUACGAAGCUGUCAACUUGGACACCGAUAAGAAUGAGGCCCGCAAGAGGGCUAAGAACAAGCAGCUGGGCCACGAGGAGGACUAUGCCUUGGGGAAGGACUGCAUUAUGCAUGGCUACAUGCUGAAGCUCGGGAACCCGUUCCUCACUCAGUGGCAGCGCCGAUACUUCUAUCUGUUCCCCAACCGUGUGGAGUGGAGAGGAGAGGGCGACACUCGGGAGAGGUGGCUGAAACCUCUGAAAAAGCAGAGAGACUGGCAAAACCUGCUGACGAUGGAGCAGAUCGUAACCGUGGAAGAAACGCAGAUUAAAGACAAGAAGUGUAUCCUGCUGCGCAUCAAAGGAGGGAAACAGUUUGUGCUGCAGUGUGAAAGUGACCCAGAGUUUGUGCAGUGGAAGAAAGAGCUGACUGAGGCGUUCACGGAGGCCCAGAAACUUCUGCGUCGCGCUCCUAAAGUCAUCGGGAAAGGCCGUGCUGGAGUAGUGGAGCUUUCCAAGCCCCCCCUCACACACCGCAAUAGCAAUGGCCUGUGAAUACACAAGAGCACGCAUAUACAUAAAAACACAUGCACUCACAUUGACAGACACACACACACACACUGCAUCCCACCUCCCACCCCCUCAUCAGCUGCAAGACACCUGCCCACAUCACCUCAGUGUGUGUGUGUGUGUGUGUGUGUGUGUGUGUGUGUGUGUGUGUGUGCGUGCGUGCGUGCGUGCGUGUGGUGCUGAUGGCGCGCACACAAUGACGACCAAUCAAGAGUGAUAUAGUGAUUUUUAUUUUUAUUUUAUUUUUUUUUGGGGGGGGGGUAAAUGUGUGUGCGUUCUGGGACCCUGCCAGUCAGUAAGAGGAAGAAAGGAUUUUGAACCAUUGGACAUUUGAAGAAUCCCCGCAUGAACUUCACAAGGACUAACGGCUGCUCCUCUCUCUGUUUGCCCCUCCUCAACCACCUCCCACACCACACACCUCGCUGUUGAAAUCACAUUAAUCAGGAAGUGUCCUCCCACUCUGUGUGCUCUCAGCAGCCUGAUGGACUCCUCCACAGAGCUGAUGCUCAGGUCCAGAAGAGACCAGGCUACCACAGAAUGUAGAAAACAAAGGCUGGUUGUCCUCAUCCAUCCCUCUGAAACAUUCCUCCCACUGUUACUGAAGUGCAAAAAGUGCCAACAUUAAUAUUUUACUUGAGUCACCUGAGCGCCCAGGAGGAUCCGCUCUGCUGGCAGAUGGCGCGCCAUCCCAACCUCCCGGACCCUCACAGUGUAUGUGUGGAAGGCUGUUGAUCAUUCCAGCGCAGGUACAGGAAGCUUCACAUUGGCUCUAGUCACCACAGAGACUGAGAUUCCAUUGGCUGACAAACAGCAGCUGGUUGCUAUGGUAGCCAUGAAGAUUGGUGUACAUGUACUGGUAACCAUGGACAACACUGUAACUAUAGAGGAGCAGGAGGGAGGCAAAGACUAUAAAGACAAUAUAAGCACCCUUUUGUCUGCGCACUGCUGUUUUACUUCAGUGUGUUAGCUUUAUCGCAACUCCUCUGUCUGCCUUUACAGGAUUUUGUUGGUGUGGGGUCUUUCAGAGGUGGCAAGAGAAGGGCUCUGAAAGAGCUACAGAGCUGCAUUACCUCAGUUGGACUGUGCCAGUAUGAGUACAUCAGAAUGUAAGAACCUGUUCCCAGGCAAAGCACAAGAAUCAGCAGUCUGUUCCCGCUCACACAUUGUCCAUGCAGGGCAACAGCUUGGAGCAGUCAGCUGUUGUGGGCAGACUGUGUGUAGGGAGGAGGAUGAAGACAAUAAGCUGAAGCUGAUUAAAGGAAAAAUCCACCCUCAAAUACCCCAGUUAGAUGCAUAGAUCUUCUAUAUGAGCUUUCAUGUUCAUGCUAUUUCAGGCUUUUUUUUUUUCUUUUUUUGGUUUUUAAGUGGUUGAAAUGUUCACAUUUUAUCCAGUUGGUGUUAGCCUACAUUUCUCCAGAGAGCAGAUAAAUGCAGGUUCAGAAUAAACGAGAACAGAAUGAUCUGUGACUUAUUUUCUUUAGAUGUGCAGUAAAGUACUGAGCCUGCUCUGAGCCUGAGCAGGCUCCUGUCAGAUUUACCACCAGGCCUCAUGUUGAGGUUACACCCAGGGAAUGCAAACGCAUUUGUCUUUGAGAAACUCCACACGAUGAUGAGUCUACAGGCUCAGUCUGGACUGCACUGAACACUUAGCCGAAGUGCGGCGGCCCUCAGUUUUCUCACAUUCAGUCUCAGCUACAGGUGGGCCCGAUGUGAAGUUUGUCAUGGCCUUUGGUCAAAACUCUGCUCAUGGCCAGCCUGGCUCGUGGCAUUUUGCCCACAGCUGGGCCGUACAGCCACCGUCGGUGCUGUGACUGAGCCCUUAGUCCUAGAAGCAGCCCGGAUUUGGGCCAAAUGUGUCUGCUGUCAGAGAGCUGCUGCACUACAUCAGAUCCAUCACGUCAGAGGACACGGAUGAGCACAACAAGUGAGCCAAUUCACUGCUCUUUAAAUAUAUGCUCAGUCUGUAGCCAGUACAGUGUUCUGAUCCCCCUCACUGCCAUCUGUCUACGUUCCUCAAGUAGGACCAUAGCUGAGCUUAAAGAAAGCUAUGUCCACGAGCAUUGUCUGCGGACCUACUGCAGUGUUUCAGGGUGGACUUUUCGUCUGUCUUCUCACUGUGUUAUGAGUUUUUUCCUGAAUGUGACACAGUUCAGAUGAGGUGUAUGGGUUUGUCUAAAUUAUUGGACUUUUUACAGUUUGGUGGGGAACCUCACCAGGGUUCAAGGCGAAGGCAGUGGCAGUCCAGAGUAGUGUGCAGCAGAGGAGAGAAAGCGGUUUACUUCAGGGGUUUUCUUUUCCAUCCAGUACAGUGUCUUCAUCUGUGAUGUCCAUGCAUUUCCAGAGCUGUGAUGUGUGACUUGAGUUGGAAAAAGGGUUUGUUUAGGGUGCUCUGUGAUUCUUUUUCUUUGGAGCCUUUACCAGUCAGGGGCAGAUGUUAUCGUCUUAGAGAGAAAAUGUGUCACCUCUCCAGGUGUCUUUUAUUUUUGUAAACCAAAAUGGUUUUUAUUGAAAUUUCUGUUGUUGCACCUUUUUAUCCCGAUGUGUUACUUAAUAGAUGUUAAAUGUGCCAAAUAACUGUUGCUGAUCGAGUGGAAGCCUCCUUUUCUCAACUUUUCACACCUCUCACUACCAGGUCUGGUACAGUCACACGCGCGCACACACACACACUCACACUCUCACAAACACAACAUUGAUGUGGGAGUUUUGGUGGAAUCUCUGAAGGGUACAAAACUGUGACCAAACAUUUUUCCGUAGGUGUGUGUGCGCGGACUGGCUUGCACACCACGAUGCCAUUGAGACUCACACCAUCUAGCUCUGCAUACUCGUUCCUGAACGUUUUCCUCACACUGUGUGUACGUCAUGUGAGUGAGUGUGUGUGUGUGUGUGUGUGUGUGUGUGUGUGUGUGUGUGUGUGUGUGUGUGAGAGAGAGAGAGAGAGAGUGGACGUGAGCCUUGGUAUUGCUUUGUAUGUUCAGCAGUAGACUUUUUAUUUGGACGUCUCACAAAUUUUCUGCUCAGACACGCUCAGUAUAAGGCAAUUUAAAAAGGAUGGCGUAUAGGAAAAAGGAAAAAAUCAAAGUAUAUAUAAAUAUAUAUGUGUAUAUGAAAUGACAAAAUGCUCUAGGUCUAUUUAAAAGAUGUAAUGUAGAAAACAAAAUGGAUUUGUUGAAGGGAGGUCGGGGUUUGAUGUGAGUAUAACUGUUCGUGGUGAAGACUUCAGCUCGAAUCUUGCACAUAAAGACUUAUUAGAGAUAUUGUACCUGCGAGUUUCAGAUGAUGAUCUUUGUUUCAAUGCCGGACUCUUUGCUCUUUGAUAUUUAUUGCGUGUGUGGUGAGCUCUCUCGCGCUGUCUCUCCUCCACGCCGACGAGCUCUCGGCCGAGUGCUCACUGUAGAAUCCUCCAGUGUCCGCCCGUCAGAAACUCUCCUCUUUGUUUGUUUUGUUUUCCAGAUGCCACAGACAAACACAAAUACUACUGGCUUUGGGCUAUUGAAAUUAAGGUCAUAAUACUGAUAUAUAAUUGAUAAUAUUCAUUGAUUAUUAUAAAAUUUAUUUUAUUUCAAUGAUUAUUUUGUUUUUGAGACAGGUAAGAAGUUUAGGACUGCUUGUAAAAACAGUUCGUGAAUAAAAAUUCUUUUUCUGUGUUGCCUCCUGUCA